AUGAGGUUUGGGAAGACAAGGAAGUUAAUCCCAAAGUACAUAGGGCCAUACGAGAUCAUUCAAAAAGUGGGAAAAGUGGCAUAUAAGUUAGAUUUGCCAAAGGAGUUGGAAAGGGUUCACAACGUGUUCCAUGUGAGUCAAAUUCGAGAGUAUGUACCUGAUGUGACACAUGUGUUACAACCGGAAACCAUUGAGAUGGAUGAUAAUUUGACCUAUGAGGAAAGACUAGUGAAAAUUUUGGAUACUAAAGUGAGAAGCACAAGGAACAAGGAUGUGAGAAUUGUGAAAGUGUUAUGGUUGAACCAUAAAACCGAGGAGGCUACAUGGGAAGCUGAGGUUGAUAUGAGGAAACGUUACCCAGAACUACUUGACUAA